AUGCAAAUAAAGUUAUCAUUUUUUGACGAUACCAAAAUCUCAAUGUCAUUUUGGGAGAAAACGAAUUUUUAAGUCGAGGAAGAAUUGGUUGAUUUUCAAUCUGUCCUUUUUGAAAAAACCAAAACAACUGGUUUUUGGAUUAGCAAAAAUUAUAUCAUUUAUAAUUGCAAAUUAGUGAAGUUGAGGGUAUUCAAUUUAUUAACAGGUAGCCAAAUAAGGCAAAUAUUCAUCAUGUUGAUUUAAGUUUAUCAAGAAUAGAGAGAAUUAAAUAUAAAAAUGAUUAGGAAGGCGAUGCUUGCCAUAAAGUAAAUUGAAUAUCCAAUUUUAGAAAAAAUAUGGUAUUCGCAUUAUUCGUAAUCAAAAAUUCAAAGAACUCUAUUCUAGAUCAAAAGAACUAAACUAAUAGAUUUGGGAAUUUCUCAAACAGUAAUGUAUUCAACGUUCCUUUAAAGAAAAGUAUGUGAUAGAGAAGCUUAUAGGAAAAGGGAAUUUCGCAAAUGUAAUGAAAUUUGAAUACAUCAGGUGUAUCUUUGUACCAAAAAGUAGGAUAAAUAGUAAUUUGCAGUUAAGGCUUUUGAAAAAUAUAAGAUGAAUAAAGAUACUGAUAAGCAGGCCUUAAUUAAAGAAAUUUAGAUUAUGAGGAAGUUGAAUUACAAGGGAUUGAUAAAAAUGCAUGAAGUCUUUGAAGAUGACUCUCAUGUCUUACUAGUUUAAGAUUAUCUAUAAGGAGGGGAAUUGUAAUAAUAUAUAAAGCGGAAUCAAAAAUGCUCAGAGCAAAUAGUUGCGAGCAUUCUGGCCACUUUAUUGGAUUCUUUAGAUUAUUUACACAAAUAGAACAUUCUACAUAGAGAUCUCAAACCUGAAAAUAUGAUAUUGAGGAAAAGUGGAGUGUUGGAAGAUGUAGUUAUAGCUGAUUUCGGAUUGGCCGAUUUUUAUAAUCCUUUGGGUAAUUAUAUGUUUCAAAGAUGCGGAACUCCUGGAUUCGUAGCUCCAGAGAUUUUGCAAGAUAAACUUUAUGAUACAAAGGUAGAUAUUUUUAGUGUUGGUUGUUUGAUGUUCCUUUUGAUUUCUGGCAAAUCUCCUUUUAAGGGUACUACUUACAAUGAAGUUGUAAUGAGAAAUUUUCAUUGCAAGGUUGAUUAUUGUUCUAUUGAAAAUAUCAUAAGCAGUGAAGGUAAAUAGUUAAAAUAUUGUCAGGAUUAUCAUUAUUGAAACUGUUAUUGCAUUCUCGACCAUCUCAGAGACCUUUGCCAAGGGAUGCCUUGAGACAUGAAUGGUUUAUGAUCAAUUUGAAUAGAAUGAGAUAUUCAGAAUUAAACAAAUCAGAAGAAUAAUGUUUAGAUACUAAAGAUACUAUUAAAUCAAGUAAUACAGAUGCAGGUAGUUGUGGAUUUAUGAAGAAUUUUAUUGGUCCUUCAACAUAAAAUAAGCCAGAGUUUAUGGUAAGUGGUAAGUGUGUUAUUGACUCCCCAAAUUACAAUGAUGCAAUAAAUUUAAGAAUAAUUUAAUGAUAGUGAAGACAAUAUUUCUAUCCAGAAUUUAGAUGAUGAUAUUACAGAUGUGAAUUUCGAUGAUGAAUCACCAGAAUCUCACAGAUUACCUUAAUAUCUCUUAGUUAGUAAACUGAAGUAGGCUGUUGAUUCAAAUAAUUUUUCUUAUUUUGCAUCUCCUAUAAUUAAAGUAACAACUAUAUAAUAAUUAAUUUUAGAGAACUCCAGAGAUUAUUAAAAAGGAUAUAAAUCCUAAAGAUAUGAGUAUCAAAGAGAAAAUAUGUGAUUAGUAGACAUAACCUAAAAUUGCAGACAUUAUAAAGAAUAAUUUGAAAAAUCUUGAGUAAAUUUGA